AUGUCAAAGAUGGAAAGGUUCAAACAAAGUGUUGGAUCAAGUUGUAGGCUAAAGAUCAAGGAGACAUUGGCUGACAAGAAUGAUCAUGACAAGGCAACAAUGUUGGCGGCCAUCGAGAUACAGAGACGAGCAAGGUUGAUCAAAGAUUUGAUCAAACAUAUUGUGUUCUUUGUAGCAUUCAUGGCGUUCAUCAUCCUACAGAGGAAUUCAAAUGAUGUUUACCAGAUUGGACAAACGAUCAAGUCUGAUUUAUUAUUCAAUGGCUUCACCGACAUCACCAAUCAAGCCCAGUUCAACACGUAUCUCACAACGGUGUUUGCCUCCACCAUCCAGAACAUGUCCUUUGACAAUCCAUACUGCAUGACGAGCAUCAUUAGUGAGACAGUGCGAGUGCGCCAGCUACGCGUGGCACCCAACAGCUGUCCAUCGCGUGGCCUCAACCUCACAUGCUACUCGCCAGUAUAUUACAAGAGCACUAGAGAGACACGCGAUAUUGUCGGACCAACGGCCACUUAUAAGUUCUCCGAGCGAUCGGGUGAGCCUCUAGUCUUUGGCUACAAUCAGUACACAUACGAGCCAUCUGGCUAUUAUAUCGAUCUGCCCAUCGCUGAUGUAUCCAGUGGCAUAGAGUCACUGAUCAACAACUCAUUCUUUAACUAUCAGACGCGUGCAGUCAUAAUAUCAUUCGUCACAUUCUCCAUCAGUUACGAGUCGCGCGUUACAGUUGUCUACCUGUUGCUCGAGUACUCGGCAUCUGGAUCAAUCGACCCAUACUAUUCAAUGCGUACCUAUCGUAUCAAUAUGUACUCUACUGCCACCGAUGGCUUCAGAGCAUUCCUCGAACUCCUAUUCCUCAUAUUCCUCAUCUACUACAUCUAUAACUUCAUCAACGAAGCACGUAUCGAUUAUAAGCUUGGUAGGAUAUCCUACUUUAUCAAAUCAUUCUGGAAUGUACUUGAUAUUGUCAAUAUUUCCUUAUUCAUAUCAUCUGUAGUUCUAUUCUUUAUAUUCCUGAGUAAUAAGUACUCUGGAACUAUUCCACUGGAGGAACGUGGUAUUUAUCCGGUGUAUCUGGAAGAGAUGGGCCAGACUGCCCUGGUAUACUUCCAGCUUAGUGCUAUAAAUAUCCUGUUGUUGUCAUUCAAGACAUUUAGAUAUUUGAUCAUACAUCGUAGAUUGUAUGCUAUAUGGAUUACGAUUGCUAAUGCUAGGAUUGAAUUGUUGGCAUUUACAAUAAUGUUCUUGAUCAUAAUGAUUGGAUUCUUGACAUCUGGAUGGUUAACAUUUGGUCAUGACAUUCCAGAUUACUAUGGCUUCAUUGCCAGUCUUGGUACAUCAUUACAAUUCAUCAUGGGCAAUCCACCAAGCUUCCAAGCCAUGACCUAUACCAACCGUGCACUUGGUCCAAUUUAUACUUUACUCUUUAUCAUAUUCAUGUUCCUCAUCCUAAUGAAUAUGUUCAUUGCAAUCAUUUCCAACAGCUAUUCAGAAGUCAAUGACAAUAUUAUGAACAAACAAAAGGCCAAGAGGACAAUGUUGACUAAAUGGAAGAGGUAUUACUUGUCUCUAAAGUUCCUAUUCAGACGAAACAUCUAUGAUAUAAGUUCGAUUGUUAUCAUAUUGAUGGAGAAACGACCUGGGUUGAUGGAGGAGCGUGGAAUAACCCCUGAACGUAUGUUUGAAGAGUUACAACUACUUGGACUUGGCUUCAGGUAUGAUGAAGCUCAAUACUACAGCGACUUAUUGAUGAAGGUGAACUCUGAGCGCAAGAAGUUCCUUCAAGAGAUUGUACAGAAUAAGAAUGCCGGUGGAACAUUCGAGUUAAAGUUAAUUGGUCAAGAGAAGAUACUGACAUCAGUCAAACUAAAUGAUUGGAAUAAGGAGCAGGAGAAGAUGGAGAAGUGUAAGGAUAAGCAGAGGAGAAAUGACUCAGUGGUUGAUAUGCAUAUCAAACUGGAUCGUAUACUACAAAUGCUUGGUGAUCCUCAGUAUAUGGCAUCCAAUGGUAUAGACAUCAGUAACAUCGUUGGCAGUGGCUAUGGUCCCGCCACAUCAUCAGGUAGUCGGCCUGCCAGCACUCUUUCCAGCACUCAAUCAAGUCACACAGAUCCAUCAGUCGAAUGA